AUGUGGCUGAGAAACAUGGUGAGCUUCUCCAGUCGCGCAGAGACCUGUAGACAUACCCUCGAGAUCCGCCUUGUACAUGUCAUCCCCGGAACUACCUUCUGCAAUUCAAGCCAAUUAAUCCACAACCAAAGCUCGAAUACAUCGAAGAUGCUUCCUACAAUCGUUCGGCGAGCGGCUGAAGCAGCUGGCUCCAAAUUCACAGUCUUCACCAACCCGUAUCGAACCAAAAAAGUCUGGCCUCCCAACUUCACGAACCUGUCCCCUCAGUCACAACUGCGAUUUGAGAAGAAGUACAAGAGACGCCUAGCAUUAGUUUAUGCGCGACCGAGAUGGAACAAGGCUGUCAAGCUUGCGCAGUUGGCAACUGUUAUUGGAUUCCUUGGCUGGACAUUUUUCUUCUCCGAGCUCGAGUUCUUUGGCAAGGAAUACAGGCCGUCAGAAGAGAUCCGAAAGCGUGUGCGCGGUCUGUUUGGCACAAUCGAGUCUGACAAGCGAUACGAACGUCGCAGAGAUGCGCCCGAAGCACCCGCUCCCAUCGAGACCCCCAAAUAG